AUGGCUGCUCCUCCUGCUAGAGCUCGGGCUGAUUACGAUUACCUCAUUAAACUUCUGUUGAUCGGAGACAGCGGUGUGGGUAAGAGUUGCCUCCUCUUGCGUUUCUCAGAUGGCUCGUUUACCACCAGUUUCAUUACAACUAUUGGAAUUGAUUUCAAGAUACGGACUAUAGAGCUUGAUGGGAAGAGAAUUAAGCUGCAAAUCUGGGACACCGCAGGACAGGAGCGAUUCCGCACCAUCACAACUGCAUACUAUCGUGGAGCCAUGGGAAUAUUGCUUGUGUAUGAUGUGACUGAUGAGUCAUCUUUCAACAACAUUCGGAAUUGGAUUCGUAACAUUGAGCAGCACGCUUCUGAUAAUGUCAACAAGAUUCUAGUGGGGAACAAGGCUGAUAUGGAUGAAAGCAAAAGAGCUGUGCCAAAAGCUAAGGGCCAAGCUCUUGCAGAUGAAUACGGAAUCAAGUUUUUCGAGACUAGUGCCAAGACCAACUUAAACGUCGAGGAAGUUUUCUUUUCAAUUGCUAAAGACAUCAAGCAAAGACUUGCAGAUACCGAUGCAAGGGCUGAGCCACAAACAAUCAAAAUGAACCAAUCCGACCAAGGCGCAGGAACAUCUCAAGCUACUCAGAAAUCAGCAUGUUGCGGAGAAAAGCAUAGAGAACGUGCGUCUAUCUCCUCCGGUCUCGUUGUUCUCGACGAAGCUGACGAAACUAUUACUGUAGGAAAUAAAACAAUCAUGACUUCAGAUUUCAUCCCGACCGAACUCAUCACCGAUAUAAUGUUGAGAUUGCCUGCAAAGUCUGUCGCGAGAUUUCAAUGCGUGUCGAAGCUAUGGGCAUCAAUAUUUAGCCGCGCAUAUUUCACCGAGCUGUUCCUGACCAGGUCCUCCGCACAGCCGCGUAUCUUAUUCGCCAUUGAAAACGAGGGUUCGUGGAGCAUCUUCUCGGUGCCUCAACGUCUGCGUCCAUAUGAGAAGUCGCCGUCUCCUUCGUCUCUUGCGGUAGCCGCCGAGUUUCAUAUGAUUUUCCCACCAGAAAAUAUGAAAAUCUACCCUCGUAGUGACCGACGAUUUGCAUGUGGCUACGCCUCUGGCUUGAUGUAUUUCUUUGGUAUGUGGAUCGGAGGGUGGGGCGGCGACGGCGAUGGAGUGCCUGUGAUAUGUAACCCUAAAACGGGACGGUAUGAGACCUUACCUUUUGAGAGAAGGUACAGAAAGGCGUAUAGCUUUUUCGGGUUUGAUCCGAUUGACAAGGUAUACAAGGUAUUGUUCGUGGCUGAUCCAUGUGCUCCAUAUCAUCACAAAAUUCUGACGUUAGGAACUGGAGAAAUGGAGUGGAGAAGGAUCGAAGUUCCCUUAAUUAUACAUGAGAUCGUGAGUGAUGGGAUAUGCAUCAACGGUGUUUUGUAUUACUUAGCUGACAUGUAUGAGAGUUUGCCUGAUUCUCAUUCGUCUGAGGAGAUGACUUAUUUUAUGAUAGUUUGCUUUGACGUUAGGUCUGAAAAAUUCAAGGUUAUUUACCGGAAAGGCUAUUGUCAACUGAUAAAUUAUCUAGGUAAAUUAGGUUUGGUUUAUCAUGAUGAUUACACUAAUGAUGCCAUUGCUUUCCGUGUGUGGGUUCUAGAGGAUUUGGAGAAACAAGAAUGGUCGAAAUAUGAAUACACUUUGAGGGAUGAUAAGUUCUCACUUCAUUACGUCUCGGUUGUUGGUGUGACUGCUACGGGUGAAAUUGUUUUGUCGAUGGCCGAUUACACAUUUCAACAGCCGUUUUAUUUUUUCUUCUUCAAUCCUGAGAGGAAGACUCACCAACGUGUUGAAAUCCAAGGUUUUGGAGGAUACCAUGAAGCAUUGGGCAAGCCUAGUAGAGUGCAUGUCUUUGUAGACGAUAGUAGUAGAUUCUACGACUUUGCAAACCAAGUUGAGGGUCUUAGUGUUAAUGAUCCGAAGCUACUUAAGUCAAGCAUCUAUGCUCCAUAUGUGAGGACGGAAGAAAUAGAUUAUGAGGAGGGGUCAAAUUUUGAGGGUUAUAAUGAGUGGUCAAUAGUAUUUGAAGAAGAAGAAGAAGAAUCAGAAUCAGAAAGUUAA